UGUUGGCCCACAGUAGGCAUGGGUGGGUGCACAGAAGUGUGUAUGUGUGUGUGUGUUUUCAGGUGUGAGCAUCGGCCUCGGGGCUGGACUUCAGAGCUCGAACAGUGAAGCAGGCAAAGCGCCGGUCAGAGCUUGUACAGGGGGGCCCUGACUGCUGACCAUUGGCCAAGGCAUUGAGGGCCCCCAGGCAAAAACAUUAAAAACACAAAGAGCCGGAGGAUAUGCAAGAAGAAGAAUAGCUCGAAAAAAGUAAAAAAAGAGAAAGUAAGACGGCUUUACAAUGGUUGCAGAGGAAGUGUUGAUUACAUUGUCUGGUGGAGCGCCAUGGGGCUUCCGUCUCCAGGGUGGUGCGGAACAUCACAGACCACUCCAGGUGGCUAAGGUACGUAAGCGCAGCAAAGCCUGCAGAGCAGGACUGAGGGAGUUGGAUGAGCUGUUGUCCAUCAACGAACAGCCAUGUGAAUCGCUAUCCCACGCCCAGGCUAUGAACCUCAUAGACAGCUCUCCAGGGACACUACACAUCCGUAUCAAAAGAGUACCUCCCGGAUUUCAAUCCGUUGUGCUUGUCACCCGCGCCCCGUCUCCCCGCAUCGACAAGGAGUAUCAUGCUUCCCUGCAGGCCCUGUCGCCCGCUGACCUUCAUCACCAAGCGCCCAUCCGUGAGAUCCACCGUAGCCGCUCCUCCCUAACCAGCGGACUAACAUCUCCACCUGGUAGCGAGGCUUACUAUGGAGAGACUGACAGCGACGCAGAUGUGGCGGGCUAUGAAAGGCAACGGAGACCAAAACGACGCAGUCCCAACAACUCAAACACAGCAAAACCAUUAGGGAGGACCCCCCCUGAGGGCGGGGAGACAUCGGAGUUGAGUGGCUAUGACAGCGCUCCAGAUGCACGUGUGUACUCAAGUUUGUCAGAUGGACGUGGAGGAGGUGGAGACGGCGGGCUUCCGGGGGUGGCACGAAGGGAAGUGAUUUACCAGCCACCUGGUCCAGGCAUGUGGUCCUCCCAGACAUCUACUGAGACUUCUUCCAUCAUCUCAUCAGCAGACGACCAGGGGCCUCGAGACGGAGAGCAGGAGGAGGACUUCCCUGAGCUUGCUAAUGUGCCGCUGGUAUCUCCCGAGAGGGCAAAGGAGGCAAUGAUGCUGGGAUCCCGCAGUCAGCUUGUGCCUAUGGUGGGUCCUGUCAAUAAACCAGUUGAUGAGGAACUCACAACAACCUACAUGGAGAAAGCCAAGCAAGCCAAGCUCAACCGAGGAGAUAAUCCACAGGACAAACAUGUAAAGGAAGCCAAAAGCAGAUGCAGAACUAUUGCAUCUCUAUUGACAGACGCUCCUAACCCUCACUCCAAAGGGGUGCUGAUGUUUAAGAAAAGGCGUCAGCGCUCCAAGAAGUAUACCCUCACAAGCUUUGGAAGUGUAGAUGAGGAUCAGUGUCAGGACUCACAGGAAGAAGAUGGAGCUCUACUUGGCAGUGAAUCAGAAUUUGAUGAAGAGGGCUUUUCGGCAGUUCCUGACCCCACAUGGGAUAGUGACUAUUUGAAUGUGCUGGAGAAGAGAGCAACUGCUGGUGUAGAGGGCCGUAGGAAUGAGGAAGGAGAUGUGCCAAGUCCAGGUUUGAAUGCCACUGCAGGGAAGGGGGCACAGCUGUUUGAACAGCAAAGAAAAAGGGCUGCUGAGCAUGCAAGGAAAGUGGAGGCAACACAUUCUCAGGCUACCCAACAGUCUGUCAUGGAGCAAGCUCAGAUGUUUCAUCCAGACAUACACAUGCAGAUGCAGCCGCUUCUACAUCAAGAGGUAUCCCAAACCACAAAUCAAGUUUCUGUUGCAACUUACAGCAUGCCUAAUGGUGACCUACCCCAGGCUGCAGGUGGUACUGUUAGCAUGAUGACAUCAUAUCCAGCUGUGAAUACCAUCACUGGCAAUAUACCACCAAAAGAAAUGUCCAUACCAGAAGUACCUUCCAGUCAUGUUCUCAAUAGAACUGCUCGUCCUUUUACACCUGGCUUCAUUGCUCUACGGGCUGCAACUGCUCCUGUGACAUUCAAACCACAUGCUAUUAAGAUAAACCAGCGACCAACCUCUGCAGCUGCUGUGCCACCACAAUUUUCCACUGUCCCAGAGCAGGCUAUUAAUGCUACGUCAGUAAUGUUUCAGUUAUCUCCUGGUCCUCCUGUCCCUGCUAAAUCUUCUGGUCCUGUAACUGAUACAGCAGAGGCUCGUGUCAUCCUAAACCCUUUGGCCUUUACCUCUUCGGUGGAUGCAUCACAAACAGCUCAACAGAAAACUGUGUCUUAUCCAGUUCAGUAUGUAACAGCGCCUCCAAUCCCCAUACGGUCAUUGCCCCCAGCUCCACCACAACCAACGGUUUCAGCUUGGACUCCUCCUAUAUCUCAAAUUCCCAGUGCAAUUCAUACAGUUGCACUGGUUCCUCCAGUUGUACCAGUUACUCUUCAACCACCACCUCAAAUUUCCAUGACAUCUGUACUUCCAGUUUCCAUCGUUUCAGACCCUGAAACUGUAGCACCAACCUCUGUUCCUGGUCUAGGAGGUCGUACAGGAAUCUUACUUGAGGCUCGGCGUCGCGGUGGAAAACCAAAGCCUAUGUUUACUGUACCAGAGGUCAAGAAAAACUCACCGAAUCCUGAACUGCUGUCUAUGGUGCAGAACCUUGAUGACCGAACCACUCAGCAGAAAUAUGCUCAACCAUUCUCGGAAGCUUUCUAUGAUAGUGUGCUGGACGGAAGCAGUUCUGAGGUUGCUGCAGGGAGGAUACCUCCACCAGUAGCACCUAAACCUCAAGUUACGCAUGAGGCCCCACAGAUUAUCCAAGCAGGUGGUAAGGGAGCUCAGCUUUUUGCUCGCAGACAGAGUCGCAUGGGUAUGUAUGCCAUGGACACACCACCAGAAACCCCUUACCAGCAAGAUAUGGCCUUUAAUACUGCUGCUCAACACAUUGACUAUUCCUCCAACCCCUCCAUUCCUUCCCAAUGGAAAUACUCCCCCAAUGUUCGUGCCCCUCCACCCAUUGGGUACAACCCACUUCUGGCCCCCUCAAUCCCUGUAGGGCCUCAAAGGAACGUGGCCAAGCCAGGGAGCAAAGGUAAAGUAGGCUCCCAAAAAGAGGGUAUAAAAGUUCUGGAUUUCAUGAGAAGACAGCCCUACCAGCUAAACUCUGCCAUGUUCAACUACAGUGGAAGUGCUGGUAAUUUAUCAGCUGGUCCAUCUUUCCAGGAUCAGAGGCAUGGCCAUUAUACUACGAUGGUGGGAAGCUCGCUAACUUCACCUAAGCAAAUACCAGUGAAAACAGCUCGUACCUAUGAGAUAAAGCGAUUCUCAACACCGACCCCUAUGUCUGCUCCAUCACUCGCUCCUAAAGUCCUUGCACCCCGCUCGGCCACUAGCCUCGGAGAGCGUAUAAAUCACUCUGACAUGAGCACUCCACCUCCUGGUCCAAUGCCAGACACCAACAUAGCACCAGCCCUAUUCAGGGACCCUCCCAGAGCUUCACUUUCCUCCCAAAUGGCUGGAUUUCCCAGCCUUCCAAAAUUAUCUGCCAUGCCUCUGCAAAACCCGGGGCCUGCAGCACCAGCACCUUACAGUCCAGUCUCCUACAACACUGGACUUCAGGCAGCCAAGCAGUUCCAGAGCGCUCCUGAGCUCAGCAUCCUUUCCCCCUUGCCUCCUUUCAAGGCCAACGCGGUUCAGGCACCUAAACCACGUUUUGUUGCUACCAAGGGAGGUGUACAGCCCUAUGUGUGGAGACCCGGGGCUAUUUAAACAGGAAAUAAACCACGACAACACCUAGACAUUACAAUGGACAAUUCAUCUAUUGUUGUAAUUACCUUUUUUGGAAGGGGUGGUGUUUGUUUUAAAUAGGUGAGCAACAUUACACAUAGUUUAAGAAGCUUUUGGUUUGGGAUUGCUGGUUCAGCAGAUUUUUAAAUAGGGGUGACUAUUGCAGAAACGAUAAAUAAAUCAAUAUUAUGUUAAUUAUAGUUACUUUGCUGACAUAUCUUUAUUCACACAUAUCCUUAUAUUAAUGUGCCACUACCACACUUGAUGCUAUAUAUUCCACCUGAGGGAGGUAUGAUUGUUGCAGAUGUAUUUCUAAUAAAAAAUAUCAUAAAGAUAACUCUUUGACCCUGUUGUUGAAAUGCAUUAAAAAAUGUAAAUGUAAUUCAUAUUUGUAAACCAACUGUAGAAUUAAACAUUGUGGUUAAUCUCGUCGCAUAUAGGUAUGAAUUCACCUUAUGUACAUUGCAUUCUUACAUGAUUGGACUGUUCAGAUUGUGUUCGAAAUAUAAGACAAACUUUCUACAGCAAUCCGAACAAUCCGGUUGCGAUCGUUUCAAUGCCCAGUGGAUAAAAUGACUUUGGUGGAUGAGAAUAUUUGCAAGCACCAUUCUCACAUGAAAGUAGAGAUCCUUGCUAAGUACUGAUUGUAUAUUUGUCAGCUUCCAAAAACAGGAAUGGUGCAGCAGGAACUUCAUGCUACUGGGAUCUUCUCAGAUAUGUGUAUUAGAGUGAUAUUGUAUCAAACAAAUAACAUUGAGGAAAGAUUGUAUUUUUUGUUUUGUUGAUUUAAUACAAAGUUGUGCAAAAUGAGGAUGGUUUAAAUCGAGGCACCCAGUAUUUCGAAGAAGGGUUUAUGAUACAAAGAGGCUGUGGAAAGGUAAGAUAACAAUGGGCUAGAUAGAUGAAUGGGGUCAAUAAUCAUCACUACAAGUGAAAGGAUUAUGAUCAUUGUUUUGGAUGCAAGAUACAAAGUGGAAUUGUUAAAGUAAUGAAAAUCCACAGGCUAGAAUUUAAAGAAGGAUUAUAAGAAAGGACCAGGAUUAGAGAUUAGAUUAGAUGGUAAAAAUGAGGAAAUGUUGAUGCACUGUGGUCUGUGUGUUUUUCAUUUUAUAACGCUUGCAAUUUGAAAAUGUAGAUUUUUGUGAUAUCCACCUUUAAUUGAAUGUGGCUAUUUUACCUAAGUUAUACUUUUGUUAUUUAUUACUAUACUAAAUUAUAUACAGUAUUUCAAGUUCCAGGUACCCCCUUGCAUUGGUGAUGCCGAGCCUGCAAAUUGUUUGUGGAACUGCAGGUGUUAAGUUUGAUAAUGACCAUGUGUCUGGAUACUGAGAACAUGUGUGAAGAUGUUAAUAUUUAAAAUACAAUCUGAUGAUUUUAGAUAAAUAAAAAUAGAUCUGUGCUCUAAA